UUUUUUAAUCAUCGCUGUUCCUAUAAAACAAUUAUUUGUAACAAAGCACAUUUAAUAUUAUCAGAUCGGAUGCAAAUAGGCCAUUUAAAAAUACGAAGCAAAGAGAAAUAGAAUGAUUAUUAUAUUAUUUUACCAAGCCAAAUGAUCAAGACACAAAGUAAUCGAAUCAUGAUUAACACGAGUAUGCUCUUUCCAUACUCAAAUUCAUUUGAAAUUCUUUUCCCCUACUUUUUCUGCUUUAUUUCUUUCAUGUAAUGAUAAUCAUCAAAAUUGCUUCUUUUUUUUGAAUUUUAUUUCCAAUUGGGUCUUUUUUGAUUAAUUUCAAAAUACUUGAAUCAAAUUUUCAAAUUUUAAAUCUAACCCAGUUUUCGAUCCUUAAUUAUGAUUUAAAAGCAAUAUUUACAUCUUUUGAAUGAGUUUUUGAAUUUGAUUUAUGGGUUUUAUUUAAAUUUGCUCUUUGAUUUCUUAUUUAAUUAUUUAAAUAAUUAUCCAGGUUGUAUAUAUAACUUACAAGCAUACAGAUGGAGGAUGAUGAUGAAGACGGUCCAUGAUCUCUGUUUGGAAAUUCAUUUUUCUCUGUUUAUAAUUAUAUAAUUGGAUUUUAGAAAACAUUUUUUUUUGAAAAUUACAUAAAUUAUUAUUAUAAUGAUGAUGAUAAAAGAAAAAAGAAAUAUGAAACCAUUUUUGAUGAAAUUUGGGGUGGCUUUAGCUUUAUCUUUUGCUGGUUUUAUUUACUCUCGAAUCAGAACUAGACGUUUCAAGCCAUCUCUUCCUUCUCCAAAAUCUUCAGUUUCAGACUCUGAUAGGAAAGUUUAUUGUGAUGGGAGAUCAGGAGUUAAGGAUGAUCUUCAACCUGAGAUAGAUUCAAUUGAUGCUUCUGACAAGCCAUGCAUUCGAGUUCGGGUUGAUAAUUCAUCUUUGAAUGCCUCCCCCAAAGGUAGAUAUAGUGCAGAUAGAGAUGUGUACCUUUUACCAGAAUUCCCUCAGUUAUUGAACGAAUUCGAUGCUGGAAACUUGUCGAAGACAGAUUUCGACAAUUUUUCGAUCAAACAGGACUCAACUAAGCCACUUAAAAGAGUAGAAAGAAAUGAUUAUGAACAAGAAAUUGAUAGCCUAAAGAAAAGAAUCAAGUUCCUUGUAGAAAGGGAGAGAAGACUUGAAGUACAAUUGCUAGAAUACUAUGGUCUUAAAGAACAGGAAACCGCGAUGAUGGAACUUCAAAAUCGAUUGAAGAUUAAUAGCAUGGAGGCCAAGAUUUUCUCGAUGAAGAUCGAUACUUUACAGUCUGAUAACAAGAGGUUAGAGGCACAGGUUGCUGAUUACUCUAAAGUUGUGAAUGAAUUAGAAGCUGCAAAGGAGAAAAUCAAAAAGCUACAAUGGAAACUUAGGUACAAUGCUGAACAAAACAAAGAAAAGAUAUUGGAUCUUACACAACGCGUUGCUAAACUCCACGAGCAAGAGCGUGGAGCUAGCACAAACCGUGCUGAUGACUUGUCGGAGAUUCACAAAGUUGUUGAGUUGGAAGCAGAGGUUGAGGGAUUACGUAAGUAUAACGAAUGUUUGGAACAAGAGAACGCGGAUUUAGCUCAAAGAUUGGACUCUACCCAAAUGCUUGCUAAUACUUUGUUUGAAGAUCCUGAGAGAGAAGAAUUGAGCAAGGCUAUGGUUCAGCAACGCAAAGAAAAUCAGAACUUGCGAGAGGAAAUCGAGAGGCUUCAAACUGAUCGGUGUGCUGAUGCAGAAGAACUUGUGUAUCUCAGGUGGAUAAAUGCCUGUUUGCGAUAUGAACUAAGGAACUACCAGCCUCCGCCUGGUAAAACAGUUGCUCGGGACUUAAGCAAAUGCUUAAGUCCCACAUCCGAGAAGAAAGCAAAGCAACUAAUACUUGAAUAUGCUAAUACCGAACAUGGAGUAGACGGAGAACCACUUUGCCUAAUGGACUUAGAGUUCGAUCAUUGGCCUUCUUCGCAACCAUCUUAUCUUACGGACAGCACUGAUCACGAUGAGUCCCCUGGUCGUCCUAGCUCUACGAACAAAUCCCACUCCAAGAAAGUCAAGUUUUUUUCGACUUUAAGAAAGUUGGUUCGAGGGAUCUCAAGUCAUCACACCCAUCAUAGUAAUUACCAUAAUCGAAGUGGCCAAACUUCUCCAAUGUAUAGAUCUCUUUCGGUUGAUAAUAUAGUGGGACUUGAUGGCUCGAGGAGCAAUCCCCAGAGUCCGAAGUUUGCAUUAUCGUCUCAAAAUUCAAACAAUUCUUCACUUGAUCACCAACCACUCGCUAGCUUGGCUGAAGAAGACGAGAAUGGGAGUAGGAGGAGCAAUUCAAGAUCGACAAUGGGUGGAGUCGUUCAUGUGCUUGGAAGGGGAAGCCUCGGGUUUGCAAGUUCAUCUCCGUUAGAUUAUACACCGGAAAGAGUAUCAUCCGAUUAUGGGCAAAAGUCAGAAUUGGCAAAGUAUGCUGAAGUUUUACGGGAUAAUAGAUCGUUACAGAAGCACAAGAAAUCGGCAUCAUUUCAGGUUGGAUGAGUAUAUUUCUAGUGUUCCAAGUAUUCUGGAGUUUGGCCUUGCUGUGUACAAAGAGAAUUAUCUUGUUCUUGGUAUGAUAUCCUCUGAAAAUUUUUGAUAUGAGGAUUUACUUAUUCAAUUUUGUGUAAAACAAAAAAGUGCACAUAUCAAGCGUGGUACAUAUUUGAUCUUCAUACAUGUACAAACUGGGGGACAUGUAUAUGUGAUAUAUUGAUGAAGCUUAAAACUGGUGAAUAAAAACAGAUUAAAGGAAUGUCAUUAUUAUUGGGUGUGUGGCUAUUGGCUAGAAUAUACUCUCUCCGUCCCUAAAUAUUAUACCAAUGAGUAGAAUCAUUUGAAUUGUGUGGAGAAUAUUAGAAUAGAGUUGAAAUGAGUGGAUGAAAAUAAAAGAAAGUGGGUGACGACAUUUUCAUAAAAGAAAAUUAUAGCAAAGACUUAGAGUUGUUUAAAACAGAACCGGUGAUCCGAAAUUUACCCGACAUUUUAACCAAAUCC